UUAUUUAGAACUGUCUAAUCACGUUGCAAGGAUGUGUCACAAAACGACAUUGAGGUCAUUGGUAAUAGCGGUUGUCGCUCUGUGCGUUGUCGCUCGUCCUGAACCGCCAUCGUCAUACGGGCCUCCGUCUACCUCAUAUGGUUCACCUGCACCUCAAUACGGACCACCGCAACAACAACAACAACCCAUAGUCCACAAACAUGUCUAUGUGCACGUACCACCCCCUGACAACGAAUUGCCCGCUAUUCGCAAACCCGUAUAUGUGCCACCGCCACAAAAACACUACAAGAUAGUGUUCAUUAAAGCACCUACACCGCCAACCCCCACUGCGCCGGUUAUUCCAGUGCAGCCGCAAAAUGAAGAAAAGACGCUCGUCUACGUGUUGGUGAAGAAGCCUGAAGAGCAACCAGAAAUUGUUAUUCCCACUGCAGCACCCACUCAACCUUCCAAACCAGAAGUUUACUUCAUCAGAUACAAGACACAGAAACAAGAAGGUUACCCGGCCGCUUCACCGCCACAGGAAUACGGACCACCUGCAUCUGCUCCCUCAUCUGAAUAUGGUGCUCCUUAAAACUGAUUCGAUGUUUGUCUACCUGCCCUUUGUUUACAAUCGUUUACCAAAAAAAUUACGGAGACAAUGAAUACAUAUUUAUCAUAUUAAUUCUUUCAUGCUUUGUUGUUCAAAUUGUAAACCGUAGAUCAUAAGGGCAACUGGUAUCGAUGACUGGAUUCGAUGGCAGGGCGCCAAGCUGCAGUGCAAAUUUAUUUUUAUAUUGCAUCAAAUUGAUGUGUGCUUGUAAAUAUUAUUUUAUACUUAUUAAUAAAAGUUAUUUUUGAAUA